UUAUAUCUAGAUCUAGACAAUUCAUGCUCAUUUUUCUAUACCUCUGCUGAUACUCUUUGGAGAAAAAUAUACUCAGAAUUUUAUCUUUUUGAACUAUUUUUAAAACAAACAACAACAAUCUAUAUAUUUACGAGCGUAUAGAGUCGACCACUAGUUCCCUGUUAAGCGCACAACAACCGGGAAAUAGUGUGCUAUAGAAUCUUUAAGGGUUCGGAUCGCUUAGUGAUAUUGUACCUCUAGUUCAAGGUUUGUAAACAAUUAAAAAAACAAAAAAAUGACUGACGAGAAUUAUGUUGUUUUUGAUUGUGACAUUGGCACAGAUGAUGCCUGGGCAUUAGUAAUGCUUAUCAAAGCUGAAAAAGAGUUCAAAAAGUUCAAAACAAUCGGUGUGACAUGUGUUUUCGGUAAUACGGAUGUCACAAACGUUACCAAAAAUGCAAUUCGUGUAUUAGAUAGUGUUGAUAGACCAGAUAUUCCCAUUUAUAGAGGAUGUUCAAAUGCCAUUUUAAAGCCGCAACAUGUUAGAGAACAUUUUUUCCACGGCAAAGAUGGUUUCGGCGAUGUCGAACAUAGCUACGAAGUCGAUAUGAAUCGUAUUGAAAAAACUCAUGCAGUGAAUGCGAUGUAUGAACUUGCAUCCAAGUAUCCGAAGAAAGUGAGUUUUAUUUUGUUGGGACCACUGACGAAUUUCGCAACAUGCAUGAAUAUGUAUGAUGAUUUUUUGGAUAAAGUUAAGGAUGUUUGGAUUAUGGGCGGUAAUAUUAGAGCCAAAGGAAACGUUACACAAUCCGCCGAAUUCAACUUUCACUGUGAUCCUGAAGCAGCUCAAAUAGUACUUGAAAAAGCUAAAACUCCAAUUACUAUUCUUCCAUGGGAAUCCUGCAUAGAUGGAGACUUUGGAAUUUCUUGGGAUUGGCGAAUCAAUACUCUAGGCUCAGUUAAAAGCAAAGCCAUUGAACUAUUGAAUCAUACAGAAAAAGCAAUAUUAUUGCCAAAAGGUUUUCCCAAAUGGAUUGUUUGUGAUGGAAUUCUUUUAGCUACUUUCCUUUUUCCUGAAAAACUUAUUGCCAAGAGUCGUCAGUACUAUGCCACAGUAGAGUUGAAUGGAAAACACACACGUGGUCAAAUGGUUUUGGAUCAUAAACGUUUAAAUGAAUCCAACGUUCGUAUUAUCGAAGAAGUUCAUAGAGAGAAUUAUAGAAAAACAAUAUCAUGGACUGGUGGAUUGCCAGAUGUUAAAAUUGAUUGGGAUUGUCUGGUGUAAUUGUAUUAAUUAAUGGAAUAUAAUUUUGGAAUCUAAAUUGA